UCAUUAUCUUUGUUUGUGAUACACGUGUGCUGUUCUUAAUUCUUAACAGGAAAAAUGAUGGACAAAAACGCAAUGAUGAGAAAAAUGAAAUGCACAUGUAUUUCAGUGGAUGUGGCAACUUUCAUUUUUGGAAUUUUUAGCGCUGUGAUAUCAGCCAUCGGUAUCCUAGCCUUCUCGACCUUCCACCUCUGGUUCGGAGCCUUCGCCGAAGACAAGGACUUCGAGAAUUGGCUCCGCGACCCUAGCUCCAUCCCGACGCACGAGGAUGCCAAACAUGUGAAACGCCGGAUGAUCUAUAUGUGGAUCAUGAUCUUCGUGUUUCUCUGGUUUUUGAGCUGUAUUGUGUCCUUCAUCUUCUCUGUGUUCCUGUGUUAUGGAACCCACAAGAGGCGACCGGCCUUCGUGAAGGCAUACUUAGGAUACGGUGUUGUGAUGACCACCCUGAUGCUGGCGGUGGCUUGCUUCUACAUCUGGAGGGGAGACGUCGUCAGUACGCUCAUGCAGCUCAUUUAUUGCGGUUUCUACUCGUUGAUUCUCCUGAUGGUCAAGCGCACAUACGAAAUCAUCCGAGCUGAGCAGACCUGCGAAUCCACGCAAAUUCUAACCUCCAAACCUGGCAUGAACAUUUAAAUUCUAGAACGUUCCUGGGUA